CGGAGGGCGGCCGGGGACUCCCUGCGGCCCGGCUGCCUCCGAGCGCCGGGGAGGCCGCGCCCAGCCCGGCCGGGGCCUGCGGGGCCUCCCCGGGGCGGGCGGGCCCGGCCGCGCCGCCGCCAUGAAGCCGAGCGCAGAGGAGCCCGUGCUGCUGGCGGAGCUGAAGCCCGGCCGGCCGCAGCAGUACGACUGGAAGUCGAGCUGCGAGACCUGGAGCGUGGCCUUCUCCCCCGACGGCGCCUGGUUCGCCUGGUCGCAGGGCCACUGCCUGGUCAAGCUGAUCCCCUGGCCCCUGGAGGAGGCCGAGCUCUGCAAAGCCUCGGAGCGCAAGGGCCACGGCGGCAAGGCGGAGGCGCGGAGCCGAGCGGGAGCCAAGGAGAAGACGCUGGAGUGCGGCCAGAUCGUCUGGGGCCUGGCCUUCAGCGCCUGGCCGGCGGCGGGGGACCCGGACGGUGCCGCGGGGCUGUCCUGCCUGGCGCUGGCCACGGGCCUCAACGACGGGCAGAUCAAAGUCUGGGAGGUGCAGACAGGACACCUUCUCUUCAGCCUCCUGGGGCACCAGGACGUCGUCAGGGACCUGAGCUUCGCUCCCAAUGGAAGCCUCAUCCUGGUGUCGGCGUCGCGGGACAGGACCUUGCGUGUCUGGGACCUCAGCAAAGAUGGGCGGCAGGUCCAGGUGCUGACGGGCCACAUGCAGUGGGUCUAUUGCUGCUCCAUCUCCCCUGACUGCAGCAUGCUCUGCUCGGCUGCCGGAGAGAAGGCGGUGAGUCCCACAGCGUGGCAGCCAGUCCCACUGAGUGCCACGUUCCCUGUGUUGCCCUUAUGUGAGAUGCCUCCAUGUGGGAAGGAGCAGGCGCUGCUGUGGAGCAUGCGGUCCUACACGCUCAUCCGGAGGCUGGAGGGGCACCAGAGCAGUGUGGUGUCCUGCGACUUCUCACCGGACUCGGCGCUCCUCGCCACUGCCUCCUACGACACCUGUGUCAUCAUGUGGGACCCCUACACGGGGGAGCAGCUGAGGACGCUGCGCCACGUCCCCCUGCACUCGGCGCUGGACUACAGCAGCGACGUCCACACCAGCUCCCUGCGGUCGGUCUGCUUCUCCCCAGAGGGCCUGUACCUGGCCACGGUGGCAGACGACAGGCUCCUGAGGAUCUGGGCGCUGGAGCUGCGAUCCCCGGUGGCGUUUGCUCCCAUGACCAACGGCCUGUGCUGCAUGUACUUUCCCCACGGCGGCUUCAUUGCCACAGGGACCAGAGAUGGCCACGUCCAGUUCUGGACUGCUCCAAGAGUCCUCUCGUCACUAAAGCACUUGUGCCGCAAAGCCCUGCGCACCUUCCUGACGACGUACCAGGUCCUUGCACUCCCCAUUCCCAGGAAGCUGAAGGAGUUCCUCACCUACCGGACCUUCUGAGGGACCAGAGGCACGCAGGCGAGAGCCCCCUGCCUCGCGGCAGGGCUGGCCUGGCUCACAGAGCACCGCUGGUUUGUCGUGCUGGUUUGUGAGCCGUGGGGCAGAAGGAUUGUUACUCCCCUUGUUUUGGGGCUGUCUGUGAACGUGGAGAUGUUUUUUUUUUUUUUGGUGUAAUAAUACUAGAACCCAGCAAAAGAAAAGCAUGCAGAGGGCAAGGGGCACAGUACAACGUGGGGGAUGGCUCUGGUGUCCCCACAGGGGACGCGAGUCCCCCUGUCCCCCUGCUAUCUGCAAGUUUUGGGUCAGGUGCUUUUGCUUCCAAGUGCAAUGUUGUGGGUUGAGGAUUAGCAGCUGCAGUCCGAGCAGAGCGUUUGUCGGUGCGAAGCGGGGGCCACAGCCAGCCCCCACACCAGCCCCGACGGGAUCAGCCCGUGCUUAGCUGCCGGAGGGGUGCGGGCUCUGCCGUUCCCGUGGUCUGGGCACGAGCUGGACAAACCUGAGCCGGUCUCUGCGGGCUGGGGGACAGCGAUGACAGAAUAAAAGAUGGUUGAUUCCUCA